AUGUCUCCAACUAAAUCUUUCCGUGAGAUCAUUGGGGUUCCUCCCUCCUCAGCCUCACCUCAAAACUCAACCCUUAUCAUCAUCGACGCACAGAAUGAAUACGCCACUGGAGCUCUGAAAACCGAAAACGUCGCUGAGACCCGCAAGUCCAUUGCCAGACUUCUCGAGAAAUACCGCAAAAGCGGUGACGGCAAAAAUAUCGUGCACGUUGUUCACGAGGUUCCAGAAGGCGCGCCCGUCUUCACACCGAACACCGCCUUAGCGCAAGAGUUCGAAGAGCUCACCCCCAAUGCGAACGAGAAAGUCGUGACCAAGAACUUUCCCAGCUCGUUCGCAAAGACCGAUUUGCACGAGUACUUGCAAGGCCUAGGCGACGCCGGAAAGAAACUUGUGUUGGUUGGCUACAUGGCGCAUGUGUGUGUGUCAACCACAGCUCGAGCAGCUGCUGAACUUGGAUAUGAUCCAGUCAUCGUCAGGGAGGCCGUUGGCGAUAGGGAUAUACCCGGGGUCAACGCUAAGACUUUGGUCUCCGUUGUUUUGAGUGAGUUGGCUGAUGGCUUUGGCACAGUGGUCUCUGAGCAGGAAAUUGGUGCCUAA